GUCGCUCAGCCCGCGAGGGGCGGGCCGCGGGGCGGCACCUGGGAAGAGCGACCAGGCUCCAGGUGAAAAAAAAAAUGUCCCUUUUGGAUGGGAAAACCUGCUCCAGCCCAAGAUUGCUCUUGUCUUCUUGCCUCCUUUGAAGAGUGGCUGCAGUUGCUUUAGCACCUGAACCUUGGUUGGUUCAUUUGCACUGAUGUGAAGACCUUGGAGUUAGCUGGCACCCUAGACCAUUCCUUUAGAGUCCAAGUAAGAUUUUGCCAUCCAGCCAUCUGAGGAAAUAUGUGAACAACAAAGAAGGUGGGCCAGUCUUGGAGGAAGAACAAGGAAACACAGCUCUUACUUGCCCACCUAUCUCCUGAGCACCCUGAUUGUAUCACCCUGUAGGCCAUGGAGAAUGAGCUGCCAGCCCCACCCACAUCUAUCAGUGCCACCAUUGCCAGCAGUAACAGCGGGGUCAGUAGUAGCAGCAGCAGCAGCAACAGCAGCAAUGGUGGUAGCCGUUCUACUGGAGCUGGGCCUCAGAUUUCUGUGUACGGUGGUAUCCCCGACCGACAGACUGUACAGGUGAUCCAGCAAGCCCUGCACCGGCAGCCCAGCACCGCGGCCCAGUACCUGCAGCAGAUGUACGCAGCCCAACAGCAGCACCUCAUGCUGCAGACAGCAGCCCUGCAGCAGCAGCACCUCGGCAGCGCCCAGCUCCAGAGCCUGGCGGCUGUGCAGCAGGCGAGUCUGGUGGCCAACAGACAAGGGGCCCCUUCGAGCAACAAUGGCUCUGCACAGUCGCCAGCCCAGUCACCGUCGAUAAACCUGGCAGCCUCCCCAGCAACAGCUCAGCUCAUCAACCGUGCCCAGAGUGUCAACACAGCCGCAGCCUCGGGCAUUGCCCAGCAGGCUGUGCUGUUGGGUAAUACCUCCUCUCCGGCACUGACAGCCAGCCAGGCGCAGAUGUAUCUGAGGGCACAGAUGGUCCUGAGGAAACUGAUGGAAGCCAAGGCUUCCCUGGGGAGAGUUGCUCCAAUGACCCAGCCAGGUAACCUGGUGCAGGUAACUAGGAGCCUAGGCGGCACUGUUCCUUUGUCCCCUCAGCUCAUCUUCACGCCCACGGCCACCGUCACUACCGUGCAGCCCGAGCUCAGCACCGGCUCCCCUGCCCAGCCCCCCACCCCCAAUCAGGUACAGAACUUGACCCUCCGAACGCAGCAGACAGCAACCACAACAGCCUCGGGCCCCACCCCCACCCAGCCUGCACUGCCCAGCCUGGCCCUGAAACCCACCCCAGGCAACAGCCAGCCUUUGUCCACCCCCUCACAGGGCAGAAGCACCGCUCAGGGAUCCCCAGCAGGUGCCAAGCCUGGCAUAAGUGACAGUGUGGCUGAGCAACUCAAGAAGGGGGACAGCAGCAGUGGCAGUGUGCCAGGGAGCACUGAGGGCCGGGGGGGACUAAGCCGGAUGGUGUCCCCUGUGGCCACACACCCCCUCAUUGCACCAGCCUAUACCCAGCUUCAGCCACACCAACUCCUUCCUCAGUCCCCAUCCAAGCACCUGCAGCCCCAGUUUGUCAUCCAGCAGCAGCAGCAGCAGCCACCUCUACAGCAGCAGCAGCAACAGCAGCAGUCCCAACAGUGCCGGCCCCAAUCACAGUCCCAAUCCCAGCUUGCCUCAGCUCUGCCAGGAGUGACCAUACAGCCCAGCACUGAAGUUCACGCCAUGUCACUAGGCCCAGCAAUCCCUGCCCUCCCACUGCAGUGUCCUGCUACCAAUCAGCACAAACCUGGCAACAGCCAACAAGGGCAGCCCUCCAGCCCAGAGGCUGGGCCCCAGAAUGGACAUUCUGAGGGCCUGCUCCACACCCCCCAACGCAGAUUCCAGCACACAUCAGCUGUCAUCCUCCAACUACAGCCUGCUUCACCAGCGACCCCACAGUGUGGUUCAGAUGCCUGGAAGGAGGCAAUGCCCAGGGAGAAGAGUCUACCUGAGACCCUGCCCAGCCCAGCAGCCCAGCAACCAGCAACCCUCACUCCCCCACCUGCUGGUCCACUCCAGCCCACAAGCUCUGAUGUUCAGCAGUCUCCAGCACAUGAGACAGGUAAGGGCAUUGCUUAUGCACUGAACGACCUCAGCAGCCCCGGCAUGACCUCGGGGAACGGAAACUCUGCCUCCAGCAUCACUGGCACUGCCCCCCAGAAUGGUGAGAAUAAGCCGCCACAGGCCAUUGUGAAACCCCACAUCCUGACGCAUGUUAUCGAGGGGUUUGUGAUCCAGGAGGGGGCGGAGCCUUUCCCGGUGGGACGUUCGUCCCUGCUGGUGGGGAACCUUAAGAAGAAGUAUGCACAAGGGCUUUUGCCUGAGAAACUCCCACAGCAAGAGAACACCACCACCACCGAUUCAGAAAUGGAGGAGCCCUAUCUGCAAGAAUCCAAAGAGGAGGGGACUCCCCUCAAACUCAAGUGUGAGCUUUGUGGCCGAGUGGACUUUGCCUACAAGUUCAAACGUUCCAAACGCUUUUGUUCUAUGGCGUGUGCCAAGAGGUACAACGUGGGCUGUACCAAGCGUGUGGGACUCUUCCACUCUGACCGCAGCAAGCUGCAGAAACCAGGGGCUGCCCCCCAUAACCGCCGGCGAGCCAGCAAGGCAAGCCUGCCAGCACUGCCCAAGGAUGCCAAGAAGCAGCCUGCAGGGGCCGUGCCUCUCUCAGUCACAGCAGCGUUGCAGCUGACCCACAGCCAAGAAGACUCGAGUCGCUGCUCGGAUAACUCAAGCUACGAGGAGCCCCUGUCGCCCAUCUCGGCCAGCUCCUCCACCUCACGACGGCGCCAGGGCCAGCGGGACCUGGAGCUCCCCGACAUGCACAUGAGGGACCUGGUGGGUGUCGGCCACCACUUCCUGCCCAGUGAACCCACCAAAUGGAAUGUGGAAGAUGUCUAUGAGUUCAUCCGUUCUUUGCCAGGCUGCCAGGAGAUUGCAGAAGAGUUUCGUGCCCAGGAGAUUGAUGGGCAGGCCCUGUUAUUGCUCAAGGAAGACCAUUUGAUGAGUGCCAUGAACAUCAAGCUUGGCCCGGCCCUGAAGAUCUAUGCACGCAUCAGCAUGCUCAAGGACUCCUAGGACCUGGCCAUGGAAAA